AUGCCAAGUGCGUGGCUACUCGGCAAGUGCUCGGUGUGCUUGCUGACGCUGUUGGCUGUAAAGGGAUACCGAAUCUGUAUGCUCGAGAUACUACCCACACUGCAAAACCUCAAGCGAUGUGUAUACGGCGGCGCGUUCCACCUCCUCUAUGCCGCGCUCCUGUGGCACUACUACGCGACGGUGCUGAAGCGUGCGGGCCACUCGAGCGACACUCCCACUCCCACUUGCGCCGUCUACAACUCUCGCUACACGCCCUGUCUGGCCGACGGACAGGCGCGGCGCUGCCACCGCGAUGCGUGCGGAGGACGCGUGAAGGCGCCGCGCACGCGCCACUGCUCCGUAUGCCGCCGCGACCGCGCACAGUUCGACCACCAUUGUGUCUGGUUCGAUGCGUGUAUCGCGCGCGACACUCUGCCCUCCUUUCUCAUCACGUGCGCGCUGAUGCCCGUCGUGAGUGUGGUUGGUGCUGCACCGAUCCUCCCCAGUCUGCUGACCAAUUUCCGCCAAGUGCGCGAGCUCAGUAGACACGAUGCAUGGGUCCGUUCUGUUUUCUGGGAUACUCCCGCUGCUUACUUUCCUGGCCCCGUGGGUGCGCGGGCCAUUCGCUAUGCGCUGGGAUACUGGCGGUUUAGCACCGCUGCACACACUGCACACACCGUACGCGACAUUAGACUCGACGUGGCACUCACCGCUCUCGCGGCUACCGUCGUUAGCGGUGUCGCUGCCGCCCUGUUCUGCACCGUCAUGCGCGGUGUCUUGGUUUCGCACUCGAGUGUCGACAUUGAGCGGCGAAGGUCGUUUGAGAGGCUCACGCAGCAGGCUCACAAAAACCCCUCGGAUCCUCAUCUACAAAACACACUCAAAUAUCUCGAGCCGGUAGAAUAUCUCAGAGUUGGCCAGCAGGUGCUCAAAGUGGAUGACAGAAUAUGGCAUCUGGGCUGGUACAGGAAUCUUGAGCGGCUUUUCUUUGGCGAGCAUCAAAACACGCUCAACGAACAAGUGCUACUGGAACAAAUCGGGAAGAAAGAAGAAUGA